CAUUCGAAAUUUCCAUGAUUUUUUUCUCCCGAUAUCAUCAGGAAUAAAAAAUGAUGAGUUCUCACAUAUCAUGCGCUGCUCUGGUGCCCCUGGUGCUGCUUACACGACGCGAGAACGCCAAGUAUAAAAGCGGCUUUAUCGUGUACUUGUGCGACGAGACAUGUGCGAAAAUCGGACUAAUUUUGAAAGAGCGAAAGAGGAGCAGGAGGAGGUGGUGGUGAAUUUUGUUUCUCUUCGCUCCACGCAAGCUCAAUGUGGCUGUCACGCAAAAACAGCUGUCGCGGUGGUGUCGGAGGAUACAGAAAUGUUUUCCCGAGAAUCCUGAUAUCGUAAUAUUUCGAAAACCCCUGGGAGGAAAAAGAGACGGAAUCCAGUGAUGAUGAAGUUCAGUGAUAUCGAGUGAACAAUAACCAACGCGUGACAUUAUUACACUGGUCUCAAAGUUUUUUACAUUUUUCCCAAAAAUAUAUAAGAAAAAAAAAAUUUCCGCCACAUCGGCCGAGUAUGCUUCGUUAUUUCGAAGCUUAUGUAAAAACAUAACCGCACUAAUAUAAUAAGAUGUGAUAAAAAUUCCAGCUAUAAAUUUUAUUCUAAUAUUCUUAGGGGAAUUUAAGAAAUAUUCUCGAAACAAUAUAAUAUUGAUACAUUUUCAUCCCGAGUUUCCGGUGUGUUCAAUUUUUUCACAUAUGGAAAACGAACACCGCGAUCUCGGUAAAAAUUUUUUGUGCAAAUUGGACCCGUGAAUUCGACUUUUUUCUAUUUAUCGAAUAGAUGAGGUUCUACCGCUAUGAGCGAAUUUUAAUCAAUUGAAAAAGCCACAAGAUCGAAAUGCCAAGUUCAAACGUGAAAUAUGAAAUCGCCAGACAGGAUCCGGAUGGUUCGGAUUAUUACUUGCAACAUGUACCAGAAUUCCAAAACGCUUCACGCUGGGAAAAGUCCUUCUGGCACGGAAUAUUCCAGUCCAUUUUUUUAAUUUCCAUAUAUUUUAUUCUUUCCGUCGGAUUGACUUUUUAUCAACAAUGGUUGUACGAAGCCUACAAAUUCCUUCGUCCGUUGAGCGUCGUCCUUUGCCAUUUAGUUGUAAAAUUUCUUCUUGCUUUAUUAGUGAGAAGCGUAAGAAAAUGCGCAAAAGGGCGAGAACAUUGCCAAGUACCAUGGCAAACUAUUCUCUCGUCUCUCGCACCACCUGGAAUUGCGAGUGGAUUAGACGUUGGAUUUUCCAAUUGGGCCAUGUCUCUCAUAACUAUAUCUCUUUACACUAUGACAAAAUCAACCUCCAUCAUUUUCAUUCUUGGAUUCUCUGUUCUUCUCAAACUGGAGAAAAAAUCGUGGUCGCUGGCCGGAGUUGUGGUUAUGAUAUCAAUGGGAUUGAUGAUGUUUACGUACAAAUCUGUACAAUUUGAUCUUCUUGGAUUUUUGUUAUGUCUGUUCGCUGCUUUGUCGAGCGGUUUGCGCUGGACAAUGGCACAACUGGUGAUGCAAAAAUCCAAGCUCGGUAUGAGUAACCCUGUCGAUAUGAUGUAUUACAUGCAACCUUGGAUGUUAUUCGCCAUUUUGCCGGUUGCUCUGUACUUCGAGAGUGGUACAAUUUACGAUAGUUUGCUAACAACUGAUUGGAACAAUGCGAGUCAAGUAUUGUCGACUACGGCAGCCGUUUUAGCAGGUGCCAUUCUAGCAUUUAAUAUGGAAAUUAUGGAAUUCGUAGUCGUCACUUACACAUCUAGUCUGACGCUUUCUAUCACGGGAGUCCUCAAAGAAAUGUGCAUUGUGAUAUUGGCAGUUGAAUUCAAAGGUGAUAGUAUGACGGGUCUCAAUUUCAUCGGAUUGUUAAUGUGCCUCGGUGGUAUAGUAAUGCACGUUAUACAAAAAGUAUUAAAAAGUUCUAAGGACAUGAUGGAGAAGCUCGAAUUACAAUCGAAUUCCGUAACAACGAUCGACUCCAAUUGCGAAGAUCAAAUGGAUUCAAAUUUGCCGCUAUUGGCACAAAAAUCGACAUCACUUACGAACCUACUAAAUUCAAACUUUAGCUCGGACGAGGAGGAAGACGGGGGGAAAUAUACUGGUAAAGAUAAGGACGACACGACCCAAGUCCUCUUCGAUGUUUUACAACGCCGAGAACAGUCAUAGUGUUAAAUCCGUUCAACUUCGACUUAAGCUAUACAUUUUUCUAAAAUUAUAUACAUAUAUUCUCGUGAGUGCGUGCGUAUGCGUGCGUGUGUGUGUGUGGGCGCGCGCGAUGGGGUAUUGGUACGUCAAAAUGGGUACAUUGAUCGCGAAAGGUGUGAGAAAGAAUAUUUAUAUCGAGUAUUCUUCCGAUUAACAUUCCUUCCAUCUCAUUCGAGCAUUUUUACUCGUUGAUUUCUAGCUGAAAUUUUUCGCUAACGACAGAUUCUCAGCCACUUGAUUAAAACUAUUCUAAAAGCUUUGAUCAUAUAUUGAUAGCAUCGAAUUUCUUGUAUGAGAAUCCUUGCCGAACUCAUUUCGUAGCUGGAAACACAUGAGUACAUAUCUCUCAAUGACUUGGUUCUCUUUUGAUAAUGAUUCUUCUGUAAUUGGCAUUUUCUUUUUUGUUGAAUUUGACUCUAAAUGGAAAGCCCAUUUUUCAUUUUCCAAAACAAAAUAUAAGAGAAAGAGAGAGAGAGAGAGCGCGCUUUUUACACAUUUAUAGAUUGCGUAUCAACAAACGUGACUAUUCACUGUUAAUUCGUUUUUAUUAUUAAUUCGCUGGAGCGAUAAUUUUUAUUUCGUUGGAAAAAUAAAAUGCUCCAACAAAUAUAUAUAUAUAUAUUUCUGUACGCAGAGAACGAUUCCCCCAGUGGAAACAAAAAUAAAUACAUACUCUAGGAUUAUACAGAAAUGUUCCGUGUAUCGUACGCGUUAGGUGAAUCAAGAGUGUGCAGUUAUUGCUCACCGAAGGGAAAACAUGUUUAUUUCAAUAUUUGGGCUUUUCAUACAUUUGUCUUGUAAAAUUUGCGAGUAAAAUAUAUCUUCGAGUAUAAUGAAGGAGUAACGAGAAAAAAAAGGCUAUUACAAAUUUUUGGAGAAUCGAAAUCUAUGAACAAAUAAAUUUACUACUACGGA